CAAGACGUCCCACGUGCCAUCAAACUCCUCCGUGCCAUCAUUUCUCUUGCAGACAUACAACCUCCCCCAAAUGACCUUCAAGCAGCUGCAGAUCUCGACGCGAUUCGCCUCCUCAGCGCUCUCUUCAAAUUUCUUCUUGACGCCUUCACUGACACUUCGUUUUCGCUCUCUCAGCAAGUCUCGUCUCUCUCCGCUUUUGCCCAUCUUGCAUUUUCUCUUUUUCGCCAGCAUCGUCGCCAGUUCUCUCCCUAUCCGCUGUACUACGACUAUCAAUCCAUGGUCAAGAACUUCAUCUUUUGUAUCAUCAAGCAGUCUCUUCUGGACCCUUCUCGCUCUAUUUGGAUUGGUGACACUGGUGACGACAAGCUCGAGGGCCUCUUCGCCUAUCUCCGCAUGCUCGGCAGCCACGACUUGGCAAUGAGCCUUGUCCAGCUCGAAAGUCGCCUUGGUGCUGCGUGCGACAUCAAGUCAACGUUCGAUUCACACCCGGAGCUAGUUGCAGGCGCUCGUCGGCUGCAGUUUGGUCGGAUCGAGGCAUCUGAUCAUCUACGCCGUCGUCACUGGACUGGUGACCUCACGCCGGCCAGCUGUAAUCUCCCCGCAUCUUGGCAUCACGGUCGUUCACGCGCCGCUGCUAUUCUUUCCAUCUCUCAAGUCCCAUUCAGGUUCUACGACUAA